CAAAUAUCCCCUAAAAUCGUUUAAAUACGACCGAAACUUCCUGAUACGACUAUUCUAUAACAGACUGCUGACACAGCCACGCUAUCGUCUUUAUUUAAAGUCAUACACGUCCUUGGCGCAGAACAGAACACAUCAACCAAAAUGCCUGAGACAAAAACAGACUACGGAGAGUUCUUCGAGAAGAACGGGUACCUUCCCGGUGUGACCGUGCUGGAGGGGGAGGACUUGGCGGCGCUCAGGAGGAACUUCGACGACCUCGAGAGCAAGAUCGGUAAGGAGAAUGCCCAGUACUCCCUGCAUAACGCCCACAUGCAGCACCAGUUCGCCAUGCAGGCGGCGGCCCACCCCACCGUCGUGGCGGUCCUGAGGGACAUCCUGGGUCCCAACGUCUUCCUGCUGGACUCCCGCUUCAUCUGCAAGUACCCUGUCAGCCAAAUCUCCGGGACGAAACCGGACGUCGAGCCGUAUGUAGCAUGGCACCAAGACGUCAGGUACUGGGGAGUGGACGGCGGGCCGGUUGUGUCCGUGUGGCUGGCUAUAGACGAUGCUGACGCUGAGAACGGAGCAGUUUACUUCAUACCAGGAAGCCACAAAGAUGGUCUACAAGAGCACGGCAGUGCACAGAAGGAGGGGAACAUGCUGACUUCUAACCAGGAGAUCCCCACGGAGCUAGUGGACGAGUCUAGCAAAGUGCUGUGUCCUCUCAAGGCGGGGCAGAUGUCCCUACACCACGGGCUGACCGUACACGCCAGCGAGCCGAACCGCUCCAGCCGGCGGCGGUGCGGCUUCGUGCUGCGGUACGUCCCGACCUGCGCCUACCCUUCAGACGACCCGGACCGGCCCCGCACCUUCCCCGCCACUGUCCUCGUCAGCGGAGAGAACAAGGAGGGAUUCUUCCAGGACAAGGCCCCUGCCUUCUUCCAGAAAACUGCUUAAAGUUAGCUCGAGCAAAAGCCAAAGUUCCGGGUGAAUUUAAAUCGCCUCGAUCGAUACAGUAACUGUUACGCCGCCCGUUGUUGUUCUUUCACUUUUGCUGCUUAAAUGUUUACACAGUAGUCAUAGAUUGUAAUAUGUGCACUUCUUACGUUAAUUAAUUUUGAUAACGUGAAUGUUUGAAAAGCUGUGUAAUCUUGAAAAAGGUAUUCGUGAAUUUUAAGUCUUAUCGCUUUUAUAGAUCUAUAUUUAAAAGAAUAUAUUUAUCUUGAUAUUUAUCUGCCAGAACUCAGAUCUAGCACUGUACAUUCCUACAAACUGACAAGUAUUUCUUGACCUUGUGAAAUUCUUUGAAUGAAUGAUAUUUGGAGACAUCACAAGCAACUGUGCUACGUUAUAACGUUACUUGUGGUUAACAUUCCAAAGGUUCAAUUCAAUAAAUGAUACAGAAAUGGAAUUCCA